UGUAAAUACUCGCGUUUUUUUUUAAACUUAUGUGGUGUGGGUGUGUUUACACGUAUAAAAGGGCAAUACUCGCGCUCAUCUGUACAUAAACUGUUGCGUGUUCUGCACUGCACAUACGAAGACCAUUCUAUGAUACUGUUUCCAGCUGAAAUACUACACUCAGCUAUCAACCUUGAAACACCCAGUACCAAAGUUAACAACGCGAACACAUACAUUCGACAUGGCACCGUCUCAAUACGAUGUUGACUUCAUCGUCAUCGGAGGUGGCUCUGGUGGUAUGGCAGCUGCCAAAGAAGCAGCUAAAAACGGUGCAAAAGUGGCCCUUUUUGACUACGUGAAGCCAUCUACACAAGGAACUCAAUGGGGUUUGGGAGGUACCUGCGUGAAUGUAGGUUGUGUGCCGAAGAAGAUCAUGCACUACGCUGGUUUACAGGCUAUCAAUAUGCACGACGCCCAGGCGCUGGGGUGGCAGGUAGAGGCGGAUAGUAUCAAGCACGACUGGACAACUCUCGUGGAAACUGUACAGAACCACGUGGGGUCGUUGAAUUGGGGCUAUAAAUUGGGCCUACGGUCCAACAAGGUCAACUACAUCAACGCCACCGCGGCGUUUAUCGAUGCGCACACUGUCACUUACACUCUCAAGGGUGUUGAAAAGACUCUUUCGGCGGCGAAUCUGCUGAUUGCCGUUGGUGGAAGGCCCGUCAUCCCGGAAUCGAUACCGGGAGCUCUCGAGCAUGCCAUUACAAGCGACGAUAUCUUCUCGCUCUAUACGUCCCCGGGAAGGACUCUAUGCGUAGGCGCCAGCUAUAUCUCUCUCGAGUGUGGCGGGUUUCUCAAGGAACUCGGAUAUGAGGUGGACGUGGCCAUGAGAAGUAUUCCACUGCGUGGCUUUGACCGACAGUGCAGUGAGAAGGUGGCGGACCUUAUGGACAAGCUGGGUGUGACCUUCCACAAGCAGUACGUCCCGUCGCUGAUCAAGAAGACCUCAUCAGGUGACUUGGAGGUUACCAUGACACACACCGUCACCAAUGAGGAGAUCGUGAAGUCGUACAACACGGUUAUGUUCGCCACCGGCCGCCGAGCGGACACUGAUGGUCUUAACCUGGCUGCUGCCGGUUUGAGUGCUCUACCCAAUGGAAAGCUCGCUACAGACUACGCCGAUGUGACGUCCGUAUCGCACAUCUACGCCAUAGGUGACUGUGCACAAGAAAGGCCUGAACUGACUCCCGUAGCCGUUCAAGCCGGACAGUACCUUGCUCGCAGAGUGUUUGGUGGAUCAUCCAAGAAUAUGGACUACAAGAUGGUAGCCACGGCCGUGUUCACGCCCUUUGAGUACGGGGCGGUGGGAUACAGUGAGGAGGAUGCCUUGACCACCUUUGGCGAAGAUGCGAUUGAAGUAUAUCUAUUCGAAUUCACAACGCUGGAGGCGGGCGCCGUACAUCGCAAGAAGCACCCCUCCCGCAUUGCGGACGAGUACGAUGCCGACUUUGGCGAUACAUGCCUGGCUAAGCUGGUGUGUCUCAAGAAUGAGAACGAACGGGUUGUUGGCUUCCAUUUCAUUGGCCCUAACGCCGGAGAGAUCACUCAAGGUUAUGCUCUGGCCCUCAAAGCGGGUGUGACGAAAGCCAUGUUCGAUGACACUGUAGGUAUCCAUCCGACUGACGCUGAGUCGUUCCAUGCGCUGGAGAUCACGAGACGCAGUGGCAAGUCCUGGGUUGCUGAAGGCGGCUGUGGAGGUGGUGUCUGCGGUUAAAAUACGGGUGGUGAGAGUAAAGAGUCGAGCCAAUUGCGCGAAUUUGCGUACGGGUAUUUGAUGUCGCACAGACACAAGCAGUCUGGGUAAACUAUCGAGAAACAUGUGUCACGCGCCAGCCUAAUAGUGACGUUCACGGAUGCCCAUAAACAUGCACUGAUCUCUGAGAAUUUCUGAACUGUACCUAGUAGAAUAGUAUUAGAAAAUGGUGACAAAUAAAGUCGAUUGCGUAAAAGUACAAAGUGCA